UACUCAGUGAUCAAAACAUUUCAUUACAUUUGCAAACAUAUUAAAAAUUUAAUAAUAAAUUAAAGUUUUAUUAAAUGAAAACAUUAAUAUUAAGAUGUCGGAAACUACUAGAUGGUUAAACAAGAAAUGUCGCACCUGUUUUGAUCCUGAAAAUGGCUGGAGCUGUCUUAGCAAAAGAAUGAAAGACUAUACGAAACAGAUAAAAUCGUACAGACAACUUCUAGAGGAAGUAACACAAAUUGAAAUGCAUGAUAACAUUAAUAAUUUGGAAUUGCCACAAUUUAUUUGUGGUAAAUGUUCUCGGCGUCUAAAAUCUGCUCAUAGAUUUAAACUGCAGUCAUUGGAAGUCAAUGAAAAACUUUACGAAUUACUAAAGUUAGGAUGUUUAGAGGAUGUACAGAAAGAAGUAGACUCUAGUAUAAAAUUGGAAACUGAUAACAUGGGAAAUAAAGUAGAAGAGAAUUUUAAAUAUUUACCGAAGAUAGAAAUCAAUAUAGAACGUUGUCCCGAAACAAAGUGUGAGAACAGUGAACUGGAAAUGAAUGAAGAGACUAGCUUUGAAAUAAAAGAUGAAGAAAAUAUAGUUAUUUUUAACGAUACAUAUGACUUGGAUGGAAAUCUUGAAUUGGAUCAGCAAUCUUUAGAAGAAACAAAUCAAGCAAAUGACUCUAUUAACUUUGACCACACGGAGUUAUCAGAUUAUGUGGAAGCUCAUGAUAGAAGUAAACUGGAAAUCACAAAUCGUGAAAAAAUCACUUUCGAAAAUGAAGAAAAUUUUGAUAUUGCAAUACCAUGCAAGGAAUGCAAUAAAAUAUAUCCAAAUUUAAAAGCUUUAGCUCUGCAUUUAAAAAUAAGCCAUAUACCGAAAGAGAAAAAAUGUUCAUGUCCAUUGUGUGGUAAUAAAUAUUCACGACCUGCCAACAUGUAUCUGCAUAUGCGAAACGCACAUGGUCCCGAUACGGUUAUAAUACCGAAAAGAAGUAGUAUAGACGAAAGUGAAUAUAUUUACCAGUGCAAUAAAUGUCCCAAGAAAUAUUGCCGUAAGUUUAAUUUGAUACAACAUAAGAAAUUAAAACAUAUGGCAGAGGUUAAUGAUGAAGCUUCAAUAAUAAAAGAAUAUAAAGAAAAAUCUUCGGAUCUGGGUUCAUUGUGUCCUAUAUGUGGCAAAUAUUUGGCUAUAAAGAAAAACUUAACUGCUCACCUACGCUAUCAUGCCAAUGAUAAACCUCAUAAAUGUGAAUGGUGUGGACGUUGUUUUCUACUCAAUACCCAACUUAAUAGACACAGACGUCAACAUACCGGUGAUAAACCUUAUAAAUGUGAUUUGUGUGACAAAUGUUUUGCUGCUCCUAAAGAUUUACGUCAACAUAUGAUUUCGCAUAGCGACGAAAGACCCUUUAAGUGUUCAAUGUGUGAACGUUGUUAUAAAUCUAGUUCGGAUUUAAAAAGGCAUUUUCGUACUCAUUCCAUAGAACGUCCUUAUGUUUGUUCGCUUUGCAGUGAUAGUUUUCAGCGAGCAAGUUCAUUGCGAGCGCAUCGCUUAAGACAUGAGAAAAGAAAUGAUUGUGCUCUAUAAUUUAUAAGGGGUUUUUAUUAGAAAUACAUCGAAUAUUUUGCAUUUAAUUAAUAUUUAAACCAGUUAUAGUCAAUAUUGAUUCUAAAUUUAUAAAAAAUCUAAUUUUUAAUAAAAAAAGCUUUUAAUUUAU